AUGGCUGAUGCUUCUGCACUCGAUCUGUCAGUUGAGGAUGAUGAAGUGCUUGUAUUCGACAAAGAGGAUAAUGAACAGGAGGACGAUAAACUUUCGCUUUGCUUAAUAUGUAAACUGUUAUCCUCUAAGCCCUUUGAUUUGGAUGCUCUUAAACGCACUAUGAUUAUGGAAUGGAGUUUACAGGAAGACGUCCUUAUUAGAUCCAUAGGUUCUAAUGUCUUCCUUUUCCAAUUAUUUCAUUGGAAAGAUAAAGAGAAAGUGUUGGAGGGCAGACCUUGGUGCUUUGAACAACGGUUACUUGCUCUCCAAGAUAUCGAUAAUAACGUUCAACCCUCAGAUGUUAUUAGUGGCUUUUCCCCUUUUUGGUUGAGACUUUAUAAUCUACCUUUUGGGUCUCGAUCUAAAGACUGUGUUAGGGAAAUUUUCGCCUCCUUUGGUGAGGUGCUGGAGGUUAAAGAUGACUUGCUUGACAUUGAACCACAUAAGAGGAAAAUUCGAGUGAAGGAUGAGUCUAUUGUUACUAUUGCUGUUAAGUAUGAAAGACUUCCCCACUUUUGCCUCUUAAGUGGUAGAAUUGACCACACUGAUAGAGAUUGUGUUUGGGUGGCUGAGGAGGAUCAGGAUAAAGGCUGUGGCUAG